AUGGGAAUUCAUUAAAUAGAUAUAAUUCAGGUCAAGCAUUAAUUCUUUACUGCUGGGCCAAAUUUUGUUAUCCAUUAUUUUAAGAAAUUUCUAGUAAACCUAACAUAUUAAAUAAAACUAAAACUAAGUUAAACGGAGCAAUUUUUGUUAUAGUCAAAUUCUCUUGAAAAUCAUUCAAUUUCAAAAAUAUAGAAAAGGGUUGUUACUUUGAUCAUAGUUUUGGAAAAUAAAUCUAUAGAUUUCGUUGAUUCCUUUAGAGGAAUUUAAAAGUAUAUGAGUUUAAUUUACCCACAUAACAUUAAUUAAAGGAUGCUAAGUUGAAUGGAGUUAGAUAUAAUCCUAAAUACAUAAUUUUCGAUAAAUUUGGCAUAACUAGGAACUGGCACUCAGUCAGUUACAUAAAGUAAUUGUUAAUGAUUUCAUACGGAAAGUUGCUCCAAGAAAUCUCUCGCAUUAGCUGAACCAAUAUUAUUUAGCGAAGAAUCUCUUAACUGAAUCAAAGAUAUUUUCUAAAGUGAAAUAAAAUUUGUUGUUAAAUAACAAGGGAUUACAUUUGAUCUUAGAUUCAAAUAAGUAGGAUAAAAAUUUCAAUUUGAAAAACUAAGCUUAAUACCUUUUGUUUCAGACACUAAAGAUGGUAGUCUUACAGCAGUCCCAAAAAAGCCUUGAGCAUCAUUCCAGAAUCGAGUUGAAAAAUUAGUAAAGCUAUUUCAAACUACUCAAUUAAAUAAUGACUUAAAUGAAAAAAGACAUUUUCAAAGGAUGCUUAACAUACUAUUCCAUUUUUCAGGAUGAGCAAGUUUAUAUAGAUUGUACAGAAUUUGAUGAUAAAGAAUCUAUUAAAUUAAGACCCCUUUAAUACUUAUUAAUGCUCCAUUAUAAGACUGCUAGAUUUGAUUAUAGCAAAAAUAAACGAUCACAAAUUAAAAAUAAUUUGAUGUUGAAUGAAGAGAAUAAAGUAGAAUAAACUCAUCCAUGA